CUCGUUGAGGAACAGCUCAGGCAUCAUCUAACGUGGCAGUCUUCAAGACGGAACUCUUGUCUUGGUGAAAAAUGAGACCCAGAAUGCAGAAGAAGAUCAGGAUCAGGAUGGCCUCGUGCGCGUCGUGAGCUGGAGAACAUCUGACCAGGGUUCCACCUGCUGCUCGUGCGCCUGUUGUUUGUUCUUGUUUUGUUUUGUUUGUUUGCGCGUGCGGGUUGACUGAUGAACUUGUGGAGGAGCUCGAAGGGGCAGAAGGUCCGAGUGGACACGGGAUGCGCUUUGGCCACGAGGAUGCGCGCUUUCGGAGGAACCCCUUAAAGCGCGUGCCAUGCGAGUGUCUCGCGUCUGUCUGCGCCGCGCGCGCUUCGGAUAUGCGAUUCUGGAAAGAGAACGAAAGAAAGAGAGAGAAAGACAAAGAGAAAAAGGAAAGAGAGAGAGGAGGAAUCCCCGAGACCUGUUCUCUGGAAGUCUUUUUGUUUCCUUUCUUUCUUUUUUUUCUUUUCUUUCUUUUUUUCACUAAUGUGAAUUAGGAUGGUGAAGAAGGAGGAAACCCGCGCGUGCACGAUGGCAAAAUAAUAAUAAUAAUAAUAAUUUAAAAACGCAGAAAAGGCCCGCGUGUUGUCGUAGCGAUGAUCGCGACUGGGGGUGUGAUCACUGGCCUUGCAGCCUUGAAGAGGCAGGACUCCGCUCGAUCCCAGCAUCACCUGCCCUCGCAGUCUCCUGUUCCUCCUCCUGAGAAGAAACGAAUGAAAAGGAAACCACGCACGGACAUCGUCGUGGUGCGUGGGAAAAUCCGUCUGUAUUCCGCGUCUGGAUUCUUUCUAGUUCUCGGAGUCUUGAUUCUGAUGGUCGGCAUCGCCAUGGCAGUACUCGGGUACUGGCCUCACAAGGGUCACCAGCAGCCACCUGAGAGCAAGCACUCGAAGAACGAUACUCAGGCAUCAGCGAGGCAGGAACAAGCGGGAAAGGUGGCGCAGUUUUUCGAGCAGCAUUUGCACUCAGAGAAAAUGAAGAUGCUUGGACCGUUUACGAUGGGCAUCGGGAUAUUCAUCUUCAUCUGUGCAAACGCUAUCUUGCACGAGAACAGGGACAGAGAAACCAAGGUAAUCCACAUGAGGGACAUGUAUUCAACGGUCAUAGACAUUCACAGCCUGAGGUUACAGGAGCAAAAGUGUAUGAAUGGGGCCUACACGGGUCCCUGUGUCGACCACGAGAUCCGCGCUUUUGGUCAGGACAGUCAGUACGCUACGCGGCUCGCCGCUAACACACUCUUGACGUUUUCCGGAUUGCGUGGGGAUGUACAACUGUCCCGGCGCACAAGCUCAGCUGAAGACGAGGAAGGCCUAAUGAACGAAGGAGGCUCGAGCUUGUUAUCGCCUGGAUACAGGGAACGUUCGGGAUCAAUAUUCGGCUUCCAACCAGAGGGGAUGCGCCGCUGGGAGGAUAAACGCAACUAUCUGAAAAAGUGCCAGACGCAUUCUAUUGUAUCCUCCUCCAUUAGCGCCUUCACUCUUCCUGUCAUCAAACUCAACAACUGCGUGAUCGACGAGCCUGACAUCGACAGCAUAACUGAGGAUUCUGAGCAGCUUCAAGAUAGAUCAACACCGUCAUCCAUAGAGUCCUUAUCUGUACCCAUUCCAGAUAUCUCGAAAGCUUUCAAGCCUCCUGGUACAACGUUACUCCGGAGUAAAUCAGCUACAGAACCCCCCUUGUAUGCAUCUGCUUCACCAUCCUGCCUAUCCCCUGGGUCCACCAGCAGCCGAUUCUUAUCUCCUGGAGCUGCCCGGAAAGACUUUGGCUCUAACAACUCUCUCCACAUGCUCUCAGCUCACUCCAAGUCCUUGGACCUGGAACGAGCUCCCACUAUGCUGACCGUACAACCAGAGCAGCGCAAGCACCCCAGUUGGCCCCGGUUGGACCGCAGCAACAGCAAAGGCUACACCAAAUUGGAGAAUAAAGAGGACCCAAUGGACAGGCUGCUGGUACCCCCAGUGGCUGUCAAGCGGGAUUACACCAAAAAAGAGAAACUGCUCAUGAUCUCGAGGUCGCACAACAACCUGAGUUUUGAGCAUGAGGAGAUUAUGAGCUGCACUCUGAAACGAGGGACAUCCGAGACCAGAUUUUAAAGGAUGUCUCGUGUGCGCAAUGUCCUCGUCCCUCUGUGAUUAUAUAAAUAUGUACACACACAAUGAUUUUUUUGUUGUUUCACUAUUGUCAAAAUGGUUGUGAAUUCCCGAAACACAAGUCCCAUGGACUGCAAGCUCAGGUGGAUAUUUGGAUAGACAGAGCAUUUAUAAAAACUAAGCAAGAGGAUUUUUAUCCAUGUCCAACACCCCCAAAAACACAACAUACCCAUACCCUUACCCAUACAUGCCCAACCCCCGAGGGACACACAAAACUCCCAGUAGAAACACUGUAAAUAGACUGCGACUAGAUCGCUGUGUUUUUUCGUUUCGGUUUCUGUAUUCGAUAUUUGAAGCAUUGAUACACAACCCGUUUUGCUAGUUGUGCGUAGCGACUUGUGUGUAGAGAGUGCGUGCGUUGUCGUACCAGAGACCGACACUUAUUUUGCUAUGAGGUUUUAAAUAAUUUAUUGUUCAAAACACCACACAGCUAUUUUUGAACGAGAGUCAUCAAUGUAUUAUUUAUCUGUUUCUCAGAAUAAAAGUUUUCACACAACA